UUUACAAAGUUCAUGUUGAACUUCACGAAGCGGUGGUUGUAAACUUGUGCAACAGUUUGUUAUUCUACUUUUGAUUAAAAACCUCGCUUCACCAUCACCGAAUUCAGAUUGUGAAGCUGUUUACUGAUGACUUUAACAUUUUUAGGAGCCUGAAGAGUUUUUACAAUAACAUUUUUGACCCCACAAAUCAAGAUGAAGCUAUUGACAUCUCUCUUGCUCCUUGUUCUGGUAUACUUCUGUCAGAAUGCAUCUGGAAAGUUGAUGUGGCGUAUGAAACCGGGUGAAAUUAUUGCCCUUCGAGGUAACCUUGUAAUGCUGAACUGUUUUGUGAAUGGACGUAACAUCAGCAAUCCUGGAGAACACAAGUUCUGGUGGUACAGGGUGGACAGGAACGUGGUCCUCAGCAAGAACCUGAUGAUCACUGCUCCUGAUCCUGAAAGCGAUCGCUAUAGUGUACUUCUGGACAAGUACAGGGGAGUAUAUUCACUUGUGAUCAGGAAUGUUUCGGAAGGUGAUGGAGGCCUGUAUCAGUGUCUCUUGAAGCAGUCUAGGAAUGGCCCACAGGAAGCAUCAGACAACGCCAGCUUGACUGUCCUAACUCCUCCGACACAUGGGUACAAGCCUUGCACCAUGUUCACCCAAUCCAACAUCAUUCUUAGUCCUCAAGGGGACAGAGCUCUCAGGUGUCCCAAGUCAACAGAUUCCUUCUGGAGAAGUGUCAGUUCCAACGUUGCCACCAAUGAAACUGUUUACCACAGCUGGACAGCAAGCAGACACGUCCUCCACGCGUUCUUCCUGCAGAACAAGACAACACUCUUGUCUGAAUCAUCGACAAUGGAGAACCAAGAAACCGUUUACUGUGCUGUAAACAGUUCAAUGCUUCAACAAUUUCCCAACAGAUGCGCACUGAUCCCACGUGCUACAUCAACGAAAGCCACCAUAACACCGCCCAUCAUCGACGUCUCCAAUGGAGACACUGUUAACUUCACUUGCAGUCAUGAAGAUAUUGCUGUUGCCAUUGAUUACACUUGGGAUAUCCCUGUAGAGCUUGAGGUUGCGGGUAUCCAAUUUGUGAGGAAUGGAAGAACUAUUAUUCUGAAGGGUAUCAAAGGAAAUUGGGGCGAAAUGCUGAAUAUUGUUUGCCAGGUUACGACAGAAUGGAAUGUAACAGCCAAUGCAACAGCUACUAUAGCCUUUUUGCAUAAGAUGAUCACAACGCCUGUCGUGAAUGCCAUUGCAAAAGGUGAGAAAGUUGAGACAGGCGAGAUAGGCGAGAUAGGCGAGAUAGGCGAGAAGCCAAAUGUGAUACAGCCACAACCUGUGUCACCAGAUGAAUCGCUCAGCCCAUCAAAAUCUAGCAAUCCAGCCCUAAAGAAUAUAAGUAUCUUGAUUGGGCCUGCCCUUGGUGUAAUUAUUCUGUUUCUCCUUGCAGUCAUAUUUGCGCUCUGCGUCACGAAACGUAAGACAUCUUCUGCAAAGCAUCAGUUCAGACUGACUCACCAAAUAUCUCCUUCCAUGGAUCCUCAGAAAUCAGUUACUAUGAGAUCUGUCAGUAGGCCUUCAAACAGGAACAGCCGAUCAUCCAGGCGCUUCUCAGAUUCCUUCACCUACCGAUUCAGCAGGGACUGUGAAUAUGAGAACAUUGAGGCAUACAUGGCCAAGAAGGGACAGUUCCUUGGUGGGACAACAUCCUUCCAAGAUGAAAACAAUCAACCGAUGGAGGCAAAUGUCCGGGUGAAAAUUGAAAUGCCCAACAGUCUCAGCUGUAGUAUGCCAGCUCUGAAUGGUUGUAAGAUCUCAUCGAAUAUCAACAGUCAUGCAGCGAACGAUGAGCAUUACCAACAACAGUACAGCAAUCAUCAGCCACAGAUCAAUCACCAACCCUACAAACCCCUGGCCAAUGGGAAUCCCUAUGCCACCAGGGAACAACUAGGGUACCCAUCCUUGAUCAGUCAGGAGUUUCGAGACACGCAGCAUUACCAUGUGCCAACGACAACAUCAACGACAUCGACGAUGCCUCAUGCCGUGAUCGACAGAUCAAAAAAGGCCAUGAAACCACCUAGUCCACCUCCAAGGAAACCUUCUUACUGACAAGAAAUUUACUGACAAGAAACUUUCUGGAAAGAAGGA